AUGCCAUUCGAUAGCCAGCAUUCGUUUCUAUCUGUCUCAGACGGCAGCGGUCAGAGUAGCAGCACUAAGCGUGUCAGAGAAGAUGAGCCGGUGCGGUAUGCAGUUUCGCUGCAAGAGACACCGGGGGCUGUCAUGCAGGUCCUGAACUUGGACACAUCGGCAAACAUCGGCCAUAUUUCGCAAUGGAACGAACAGCUGGCCAGCCUGAUUUGUAACGUCCAGGAGCGUAUCAGUGCUCUCUCAGCAGCGCCUGGGCCGAUUGAGCAGCAACCCACAGCUACAAUAAUCUCGCAACCGCAUAUUUCAAGAGAGCAAGCGAGCAGCUGCACCAGCACAUUGGCACUGGCUGAAUCACAUGACACCAAGCAGUUUUCAAGCGGCUACGAGCCAGAUCAGCGGUAUAAAUCCGAUUCAGACGAAUCGUACUUGUCAGAUAAAGCACCGCGCAUUCCGAUCUCGCAACGGCUUGGUUACACGGCCGAAUUGCAAUUAGCGACUGGCCAUGCGUCACUGACAAGGAGUAUUACUGGCGUGUUUACGACAAAGUCUGGGCGACGCUCAACUACAUGCAAAAGCGAUAGAGAGCACGGCCUUCGUCGGGUGUACACGAUGGGUCUAAUGAAACCAAAGAACUGCUCACUCCGUCAGUACUUGGCGGGAAUUGGUAUCGAUCCAGCUGGUAUCGUGUUCUCGCACCAUGUUGCGUACACGGUCAAUGAACUCAUAGUUAAAGUCGACUCAGUGCAGGCGUUAUGCAGAGAGUUAGGCAGGGCUGACGGCGUAAAGGUCCUCAAAUUCUUUGACCCACUGAGACCCAUGCAUUCGGAAUUAUCGUAUGAACAAAAACAGGCUUUUCCGGGAAUAUACAAGAAGAGGCUAAGGGCAACGUUCUCUCCCACCUAUUCAUCGAGAAUUGGAUUUGGUGACUACGCACGUUCUUAUACACGGGAAAUCGGGAUAGACGUCUGA